GUAAUGUUUAUUGAGCAUGUGUACAUUAGGACAACAAUGUCAUGUGUUUAGGUUACGUUGAAAUGUACUGAUAAACAAAGAAUGCUAUGAAAUUAAUUUGCCGCUGCCUUGUCAACAGGUAUCUUAUUAAUUUCAAAAUAAGGCCUUUUAAAUACAAUAAUUAGGUGGUUGCUUGGGUUUGACCUGUUACACACAUGUACCAGUGUGUAUUAUACAGGUGUGAAAUGGAAAUGUACUUUUUGCAUAUCCCAAAUCCCCCUGAGACACCCUCGAAGUGUGGGGUCAAGGCUGGGAGGAGGGGAGCUCAAACAUCUCUGCUGUAGAUGUUUGAAUUAAGUAAAUAAUAGUCCUGAUUUCAUUUGUUUUUUCUUUAGCAAUGAUUUCUGAUUAUGUAAUCAAUUGAUUUAUUAAAUAUGUUUCAAAUAAUCUCCGAAUUACAGAAUGUUACAAACUGGUUAUUUUCAUAAAAAUAAUCAAAUAAAAAGACUGACAAAAAAACAGUUGUUUGAACUUAGAAUUAAACAUAAUACAUCACUUUUCCCCCCAGAAAUAAAUCGCACCUCAGUUGUUUCAUGGCAGCGUCAUGUUCUGUGACUGCAAUGCCUGUUUAACCGCAGUGAGCGUUUCUGACCAGAGAUGGCGCUAAUGAGAAUAUAUUUUGUUUUAGUCCCGUUUCCCUCCAUGGUUUCUCCUCUCCGCGGGUAACUUGGCGUUUGGCUCAGUUCAUUAUACAGUCCCAUAUUCUUCCUCCAUUAGGGCAUCUCUCUGCCUUUGGACUGAAUAUAAAUUACACCGACACCCAAGAUAAAAGUUCAACUUUCGUAGGGCGAGAUGGACAUGAAGAAGAGGAUCCACUUGGAACUAAGAAACAGGACCCCAUCUGAUGUACGAGAACUUGUCCUGGAUAACUGCAGAUCAAAUGAAGGGAAAAUCGAAGGUCUCACAGCAGAAUUCGUCAAUCUGGAAUUCCUCAGUUUGAUAAACGUUGGCCUAAUCUCAGUCUCCAACCUUCCCAAACUUGGGAAACUCAAAAAGUUGGAACUCAGUGACAACAGAAUCUCUGGUGGCCUUGACGUGCUUGCAGAGAAACUCCCCAACCUCACACAUCUAAAUCUAAGCGGAAACAAACUGAAAGACAUAAGCACGUUGGAACCUUUGAAAAAGCUGGAUGGCCUGAAGUCUCUAGACUUGUUCAACUGUGAGGUGACCAACCUGAACGACUACAGGGAGAGUGUGUUCAAGCUGCUCCCUCAGCUCACCUACCUGGACGGGUACGACGUGGAGGACCGAGAGGCAUCCGACUCGGACGGAGAGGUUGACGGUGUGGACGAUGAUGAUGAUGAGGAAGAUGAGGAGGGAGAGGAGGAAGACUUUGAUGAGGAGGAUGAUGAUGAUGAAGAGGGAGUAGAAGGAGAGGAGGAAGAUGAGGUCAGCGGCGAUGAGGAGGAGGAAGACCUUGGCAUUGAAGGUGAAGUUGAAGAUGAGGAUGAUGAGGACGACGAUGAAGAGGAAGUUGAGGCUGUCAAAGGCGAGAAGAGAAAGCGAGAACCCGAUGAUGAAGAUGACGAUGAUGAUGACGACGAGGACGACGAUUAAGAGCAAAAAA